AUGCGAAUUUGUUUUGGCAUUCUCCCCCACAUGACACUUCUCAGAUACCACAUUUUUGCGCAAGCGGGCGUUAUCGGUGUGCUCGCGCUGCCGCAUUUGAACCGGGCGACCGUGGAGGGGAAGAUUGGAGCUCUUUCCGCCCUCGGUGACGCGGUGCUCGGAGUCCCGGAAUCGGGCCCGCUGCUGGCGUACUGCGGCUUCACCUGCAUGCUCAUGUCGUUUUACGGGGGGCAGUUCUCGGUGCUCCCGAGCUACGUCGCGGACCUGUUCUCCGAGAAGCACGCCGGCGCGAUCCACGGGCGCAUCCUCACGGCCUGGAGCGCCGCCAGCGUGCUGGGUCCGCAGGGGCUGGCGUGGUUUCGGGAACAGAGCUACCGGCGGGCGUGUGCGGACCUGGCGAAAAUGAUUCCGGGCGAGGAGUUCGAGUCGCGGUUCGGCGUGGCAGUAACCGAAUUAGACACGCUCGUGAGCGCGAAAACGGUCACGAUACAGCGGUUGUUGGAGUUGUGCCCGGCGGGGACGCUGGACCCAAGCUUGACGUUGUACAACGACUCCUUCAUCGCGAUUGCGGGUGCGUUGGCGGGCGCCGGGUUCUUCAACGGUAUGAUACGGCAAGUCGACCCGCAACAUUUCGUUCCGGGAACGGCUCCGGUAGUGGCGGGGAAGGCGGGGACUACUUCGGGAGAGAGGGCAGCGUCUGCGGUUAGUACCGCGAGUACUCCUCCUGCACAGCAGGGCUCGACGAAAAGUGGCACGCGGCCUGGAGGUGGAAUUUCCGUGUGAAUGACAGAUGCAAUGAUGCGGUCAAGAAGGCUUUAUCAUCAGACAUGCCACAGCCACGAACCAGGCACCUCGGUCAGAUAUGACACUACACAUAACACGUACGACGCUGCUCUUUGUGCCUGAGUUGUGCCGUGGCUGCGCUUUUAUUUUGCAUUUUUUGUAGCACUUGCUGCUGUUGGACCUUUACGCCCCGAAGCGAAGGCCUUAGUUAGAUGCUUUUACCCACUUGAACAGUGUUCCGAGUCAUAAAUCAAACUCAAACG